AUGACAGAGGAUCCAACAUUAUUACUGAAAACAUACAUUAAAGAUGGAGCAGAUGGAAUGAGUGAUGUUUCUGUACACUGGGAAAAAAGUGAAACAGAAUUACCAAACAAAGCUUUUAGGUUUGCAUUUGCUAUAGUUAAGGUUGGUGUUGUUAUGUCAAAUGGAACCCAGAUAAAUAUUUUUGAAGAAGAUAAACCCAACUCAAUCCGAACUAAUAGACCCCUGCUAGAAGCUAUAGCAGAUGAAAACCACCAUACAUCAUGUAUUUUUUGUAUGAUACCUAUAGAACAAGAACGUUGCUUUUUGAAAGGAAAAAUUUUGAGAAUAUAUACAAAAGAUGGUUGGAGGAGACAUGAAAUAGCGUUUUUCACAUCGAUGAUACAUGAAAAAUUUGAUAGAUCUGAAUCUGGAUUAGCAGGCAGUGGGUCUAGAUAUAGAAAGUACAGCAUUGUGAAAAUAAAUCUAGACAUAAGAGAGCAAAUAUCAGUAUUUAAAAUUCGACAAGCCAUGGCUGACAAGGAAGAUUCAGACUGUGAUGCAUUUCCUUCACCAGUGUUUAAAAAGGCUGCUGGCAAGAAACGUGUUAGGGAUGUGUUUCCAAAUUACCCAUUAAGUAAACUCAGUAUGGGCAUAGAAAAGUUGUCUGAAGUGGCAAAUAGGUGA